CAGAGAUCAGACCCACAGCAGAGAGUGAUCUGACAGCUUCAGACCUGUGCUGAUGAUGAUGGAGAUUCAGUAUAAUAAUAAUAAUAAUGGAUACGGUGUGGAUGAGUACAUGUUACAGGACGACGAGUGGGACAGAGAUCUCCUGCUGGACCCUGCGUGGGAAAAACAGCAGAGGAAGACGUUCACUGCCUGGUGUAACUCUCAUCUGCGUAGAGCGGGAACUCAAAUCGAAAACAUCGAGGAAGACUUCAGGAACGGUCUGAAACUGAUGCUGUUGUUGGAGGUUAUUUCAGGUGAGAGACUCCCCAAACCUGACCGAGGAAAGAUGCGCUUUCACAAAAUUGCCAAUGUGAACAAAGCUCUGGAUUACAUCACCAGCAAAGGUGUCAAACUGGUGUCUAUCGGCGCUGAGGAGAUUGUUUAUGGGAAUGUGAAGAUGACUUUGGGAAUGAUCUGGACCAUCAUCCUCCGCUUCGCCAUUCAGGACAUCUCUGUGGAGGAAACCUCGGCUAAAGAAGGGCUCCUGCUGUGGUGUCAGAGGAAAACUGCCCCCUACAGGAAUGUCAAUGUACAAAACUUCCAUUGUAGUUGGAAGGAUGGUUUAGCGUUCUGUGCGCUCAUACACAGACACAGACCCGAUCUGAUCGACUACGCCAAACUCAAGAAGGACGAUGCUCUUGGAAAUCUGACUUUGGCUUUGGAAAUCGCAGAAAAACACCUGGACAUCCCAAAAAUGUUGGACCCAGAAGACAUCAUCAACACGCCGAAGCCUGACGAGAGAGCCAUCAUGACAUACGUGUCGUGUUUCUACCACGCGUUUGCAGGAGCUGAGCAGGCAGAAACAGCUGCAAACCGGAUCUGUAAGGUGCUCGGUGUCAAUCAGGAGAAUGAGAAACUGAUGGAGGAGUAUGAGCGGCUGACCAGCGAGUUGUUGGCGUGGAUUCGUCAGACGACGCCCUGGCUGGAGAACAGAUCUCCUGAAAACACCACCACCGCCAUGAGACGCAAGCUGGAGGACUUCAGAGAUUACCGCCGCGUGCACAAACCUCCCAAAGUUCAGGAGAAAUGUCAACUGGAGAUCAACUUCAACACCAUACAGACCAAACUCCGCAUCAGCAACAGACCGGCGUUCAUGCCAUCAGAGGGAAAGAUGGUGUCUGACAUCACGGCGGCGUGGCAGGGUCUGGACCAGUCUGAGAAGGGUUAUGAGGAAUGGUUGCUCAGUGAGAUCAGACGUCUGGAGCGUGUGGAGCAUUUGGCUGAGAAGUUCCAGCAGAAAGCCGCCAGCCAUGAGGGCUGGGCUAAAGGAAAGGAUCUGCUGUUAAGUGAGAAGGAUUAUGAGAACGCAUCUCUGACAGAAGUGAGAGCGUUGCUACAGAAACAUGAGGCUUUUGAGAGCGACCUGGCAGCACACCAGGACAGAGUCGAACAAAUCGCAGCCAUCGCACAGGAACUCAAUGAGCUGGAUUAUCAGACUGCAGGUGUGAUUAAUGAACGCUGUCAGUGGAUGUGUGAUCUGUGGGAUCAGUUGGGGACUUUGACUCAGAAGCGUCGAGAAGCUCUAGAGAGGACAGAGAAACUUCUGGAAACCAUCGACCAGCUCUUUCUGGAGUUCUCUAAGAGAUGCGCUCCGUUUAUUAACUGGAUGGAAGGAGCCAUGGAGGAUCUUCAGGACAUCUUCUUGGUUCAUUCAGUGGAUGAGGUUCAGAAUCUGAUCUCAGCUCAUGAUCAGUUUAAAGUGACUCUACCUGAAGCGGACAGUGAGCGUCAGGCCAUUCUCAGUGUUCAUAAUGAGGUGCAGAAGAUCACUCAGAGCUACGGCAUCACCAGCAUCCUCACCAACAUCUACAGCAACAUCACACCUGCACUCAUCAACCAGAUGUGGGACAAGGUGAAGAAGUUGGUUCCUCAGAGAGACGGCACUCUACAGGAGGAGAUAUCCAGACAGCACAUGAAUGAGAGAUUCAGACGUCAGUUUGCUGCUCAGGCCAACAUCAUCGGACCCUGGAUUCAGACACGCAUGGAGGAAAUCAAUCACAGCUCAGUGGAUUUGGGCGGAGCUCUGGAAGAUCACAUGACUCAACUGAAACAAUAUGAACACGUCAUCAUUAACUAUAAACCAAACAUCGACAAACUAGAGGGAGAUCAUCAACUCAUCCAAGAGUCACUCAUAUUUGACAACAAACACACCAACUACACUAUGGAGCACAUCCGUGUGGGAUGGGAGUUACUGCUGACCACGAUCGCUCGUACCAUCAACGACACGGAGACUCAGAUUCUGAUGCGGGACGCUAAAGGCCUCAGUCAACAGCAGCUCAAUGACUUCAGAUCUUCCUUCACACACUUUGAUCGAAAGAAGAAGGGAGGGAUGGAGACUGAUGACUUCAGAGCCUGUUUGAUCUCAAUGGGUUAUGACCUGGUAACAGCAAACUUUAUCUCUGUUAGUGCGAUUAAAAUCAUGUGUGAUUCUGUGGAUCAGUAUCUGUGUGUUCUGCAGGGGGAAGCAGAGUUCAUUCAAAUCAUGUCAUUGGUGGAUCCGAACGGUUCUGGUGCGGUGAGCUUUCAGUCGUUUGUGGACUUUAUGACCCGUGAGACCGGAGACACUGACACGGCAGAACAGGUCGUCGCCUCUUUCAGGAUACUGGCCGGGGACAAGCCGUACAUCUUGGUGGAUGAACUCCGUAGGGAAUUGCCCCCGGAGCAAGCGGAAUACUGCAUCUCCAGAAUGCCCCUUUUCGUGGGACCUGAUGGACUUCCAGGGGCUUUGGACUACAUGGCUUUCUCUACUGCCCUCUAUGGAGAGAGUGAUCUCUAGUGGUCUGGAGUAGCACUGCGCCUCUACCUAAAAAAUACUUCAACACUACUUUUUAAUUGCGCUUUGGAUCUCUAAAAGUUGUAAUUUUCAUCUGAAAAGCAAACAAACAAAUUGCUUAUAAAAGCUGCUGUUUUAUACCACCAUAACACUUUACUUAAAGCAUAUGUGUAUAAUGCUUUAUAAAAGUUGAAUGUAUUAAUGCAUUGUAAUGUCUCAUGAAAAUUGGAACUACAGUAAAACAUUACAACACUUAUCAAUUCAUUGUUACACUUUGCAUUUUUAAUUUGGUUAACAUUAUGAACAAUUAUAAUGCAUCCCAACCUUAAAUAACCCUUUAUAAUGCAUUAUACAUAAAGGCUUUAAGAAAAUGUUGCCAAAUUUUCUAAAGAGAAUCAACUUUAUCAUUUUUUCAUAAAUUUGUUUUGAUUUGAUAUUUUUUCCUUCGAAUUUCACAAAAGAAACACCCUAAAAUGAAAACAAAUGUUAAGAUUUUUUUUUGCAAUACAGCAAUGACAACCUGGGGAAAUGUAAAAUCAUAAGAAUGAUGGAAACCUCAAUAAACAUUUAAACUCAAAUUUCCUAUUUCUUUCCUUUGAUUAAUGGGUGAAAUUUGAGGCAAUUAAGGUCUUAUGAGAUAAAUGUAAGUAGGUUAUGCAUCAUAUUAUUAAUGUUAAGCCUGAAAAAACAAAGAAUCUGCCCAUCAAGACAAACGCCAUUUAGA